AUGUUAGCAUCCCAGCUCCCCCCCGCCAUCCCCGGAGCAAGGGAAAAAGGCAGUUUGCUAGUCCGGGUUCCCCCCGCUCUCUCUCCGGGUGGGGACGGACUGGGGGUGGGGGGGAAGACGGGUCAGCCUCGGCCAGCCUGGGGGCGCCUCGCUCGCCCCCCUUGCCCCCCGCCCCGCCGGUCCCUCUCCUUCGCUGCAGCCCGCGUCUCCGGUCGCCUCUCUCUCUCCCGCUUCCCCUGCGUCUCCCGCGCCGUCUCACACGCACCCUCUGUUUAUUUUCCUGCCUCCAUCUGGGCCCUGCUGAUAUUGUAA